AUGAACAAUUCGUUCAUCAGGGGGACUCAGAGAGCAGCGGCCCACUCGUCAAAUGCACUGGUACAGUUUGAACGUUUGGGAGCGGCUGGGGGCCCAGCAGCCAGACACACGCCCGGACAGCACUUUAUCCACCGCAAGUGGGGCUACAGAGGCGUCGUUCUCAAAAGUAUGCCCGCCGAGAGGCACAAGAGUAAGGAUAAGCUUCCUGACGUAACGAAGAACUGUCACGUGAAUCUCGUGCUAGUCGAUGAGCUCGACGCCACGGGCAAGUAUCCCUCUCUCGCUCUGGCAAAUCUGAAGGUAUUCAAUAAUGGAAACCUAGAGCCAGCAUCGUCGGUACUUCAGCACAAACAUCUCUCCGGUGGCAUCAGCUGCUUCGAUCUCGUCGAGAGCGAAGACAUCGUCCCUUACCGCCGCCCGCCAAAGACCAUUUCCAACUCGUCGCUAGAAAACUUCUUCAACACGUACAAUGUAGACGCUGGAUUGAGCAUGAUUCAGAAGAACGAAUCUGCUCAGGUGGUUCUCGGCUCCACCGGUGGAAUAGACAUGAUCGAACACGCUCUCAACGAAAACGUUCGUGUCAUCACCAACACUGCAGAACUGCCCGCUUUGAAUAUCUCGGCGAAAGUGACUCUGACGGCGAUGUGUCUCAAGAAAAACCCGACCGGAACAACAAACUGGAUUAUAACAGUGGACUUGGAAGACACGGACUCGACGAUAGAGGGGGCGCUCAUCGAGCUGACUGUAAUUGAAGAAAGUGAAAAUACGAUAAGAUAUCGAGCGGAGCCGCAUGAACAGGGAGUGGACUCGAUUCACUACGCGCGAACGAUCAAGCUCCGACACCAAUCGCAAGUCGCUUUUGUCAGCGCAAAGGUCACCUACCGCAGGAGCGACUUCAGCCAGGAAAUUCGAAUGAAGUCUGCAACUGCCGUCCUUGUCGGGCGGCGAAAUCUUACUCAAGAAAGCGUGUGA